AUGAGUUCCGGCGAUGCUCAUGGAUCUGUGUUCAUGUUGGUUGACCCUGUAGAUAAGACAGUAGACAGAGAUCUUGCUCUUGUUAAAGAUCUGGGCUUGAAGCUUAUAUAUGCGAUAAACACCCACGUACAUGCAGACCAUGUAACUGGGACUGGCCUAAUUAAGACUAAAGUUCCUGGUGUGAAAUCUAUCAUUUCUAAAGCAAGUGACGCAAAAGCUGAUCUUGUGGUUGAACCUGGUGAUAAAAUCUGCUUUGGUGAUCUUUUUCUGGAGGUUUGUGCUACCCCUGGUCAUACAUUAGGUUGUGUUACUUAUGUUACAGGAGAUGGACCAAGACAAGACUUCCAGGGUGGAAGUUCACAGCAACUAUUUAAGUCGGUGCAUUCACAGAUCUUUACCUUACCCAAGGACACAUUGGUGCAUCCUGCUCAUGACUACAAAGGUUUCACUGUUAGUACUGUGGGAGAGGAGAUGCUUUUUAAUGCUCGCUUGACAAAAGAUGAGUAUGGAACAAACGUGCUGUUGCAGGAGGCAUUCAAGAACAUCAUGGCAAAUUUGAACUUGUCAUAUCCAAAGAUGAUGGACGUUGCAGUCCCCGCUAACAUGGUUUGUGGGUUGCAAGAAGUGGAGUCGAAACCCUGCUAA